AUGGGUACCUUUCAAGUCGAAAACACUGUCAAUGCUCCCGUGUCCGAAGUCUGGGAUCGUUUGGCUGGUGACAUUGGAUCCAUCGCUGAGUGGAACCCGGGCGUCAAAGAUUCGUAUACCCUCGAAGGUGCCAAGAAGACCGGCCUUGGAGCUCAGCGUCAUUGUAAUCUUGGAGGCGGAAACCAC